UAACAAAAAAUUUCGGACUCCAAUUGCUAUCGGAUCCUCUAUCGGAGCUCUUGCACCGUGUUAAGAUUCCAAUCGUGGCUUCCUCCGGCCAACAAUCAAACGUUCUCACCCGUAGAAAAUCAGCACCACCGGCCGCCUUCGCCUCCGCCCAGAAAUCGGGUUCUACCCGAAUAGUCUACAAGGAGUCCGGACGCUCGUCUUCCCGUUCUGAUCUGAGCUCACCAUUUUGGCAGAGUACUUGGUUUAUAUUGAUAUUGCUGGCAAUGGCAGUCUCAUUUUUCGCACUCGCAAUUUACCUUUUCCUCACGCUGGACUCUGAUUACUCAUCCACUCCUGUUUCUGCUGCUUCUGAAGGCGUUCAGAUUACAUAUGGAUCGGCAAUCAAACUGAUGCAUGAGCGAACAAAAUUCCGGCUACAUUCACAUGAUGUGCCGUAUGGCUCUGGGAGCGGCCAACAGUCGGUUACUGGUUUCCCUAAUGUUGAUGACUCUAACAGUUACUGGAUUGUUAGGCCAAUACCAGACUCAUCUGCAAAACAAGGAGAUGCAAUUAAAAGUGGAACUGUAAUUAGGCUGCAACACAUGAGGACCAGGAGAUGGCUGCAUAGCCACUUGCAUGCAUCCCCAAUAUCUGGCAACCUCGAGAUCAGUUGCUUUGGAGAUGACGGUAGCUCUGACACUGGUGAUUAUUGGAGACUAGAGAUUGAGGGAAAUGGAAAGACUUGGAGGCAAGACCAAAGGGUGAGACUAAAUCACGUAGACACCGGUGGAUACCUGCACAGUCAUGACAAGAAAUACACCCGUAUAGCUGGUGGACAGCAAGAGGUUUGUGGUGUUCGGGAAAAGCGUGCUGAUAAUGUUUGGUUGGCAGCAGAGGGUGUGUAUCUCCCUGUUUCUGGAAGCAAAUGAAGAUCAACACCUGGAUAUCACAACUAGCAACUUGAAGUUUCCCCAAAUCUUGCCUACUCCCACUGGCAUUAGCAUGUAUCUGAUUUCUUAGUUCCUCUAUGAAUGAGGAUAGUCAAUGCAGUUUUGGACAUUAUCACAUGGAACAUCGAAACUUUUGUACCUGGAUAAAUAACUGUUGGCAUCUAGAAUUGCUGCAAUUUUAAUGCAAAAUUUACGCAUGGGAUUCAUGCUAAUAUUUGU